AUGACAGCCAGAAUGAGUAGUUCACCUAAGAGCAGCAGAUUCAAGAUGGAAGUUAGUGUGGAUGACCAAUUUAUACCGGAUAUUUUGCUGCUUGGUGGAGUGUUCGGCAGAAGAAUCAAGUGUUUAAAUUUACAAACUCAUGAACGUGCCAAUUUCCACAGGAAGAAAGCAAAUGCAAUCAUUAGUAAGUGGAUAAAAGAGGGCCUGAACAGGAAUACAUUUCAUGAUAUCCAACAAUCAAAUGCUGCAAUCCUGAUAGAAAAAUACAAUCUCAAACAACAAACAGAGUCAUCAGAACUUCAUGUUAACCAUGCAGAAUGUUUAUCAUCCAACUCAGCUCCACAUACUGAAGUCGAAGAAUGCUUACCUCAAGAUUUUCAACCAGUACCAAUAGACAUUCAUGCUGAGGUUACAGAUUCCAUUGAGGACAUUUCAUUUGAUUUUUGUAACUCUGUAAACAUGGGGAAUCCCUUAUCAUUUCUGAAACUUCUUCAACAUUUUGCGGUUCACACGAGGCAAAAGUUGGAGCAUAUGAGUUAUUUGCUGAAACUGUUGAAACAUUAUCAGCCGGAUCCUUGUUACGACAGCCUACCGAGUACUGGUCGAACUCUCCUUGAAAUCAACAAAUCGUUUUGUUCUUCAUCUAAUGGUUUAAGUGCAAGUACGACAACCAGUGAAAGACAAAACCAAUCAAAGUGUGACAUACCACAAACUGUGGAAAUUAGUGGUGGUAAAUAUUUGCACCUUGGUCUAGAAAACGCGUUAUCUUGUUCUUCUCCUGGAUUACUUUUUAAGCACUCCGACCUGUUGCAAUAUGUUUCAAUUUACAAAGAAGAUUCGACACUUCUCCCAACUUGUAUUCGUACAAAGGUUGAAACCCUCGACUCCCGAUUGCAUAAGUCAAAUGUCAAACGUGGGCUGCUAUGUGGCAAUCUUGAGCAGGCGCAAAGUAUGCCUACUACUGUUGAAAAGUUACCCCAUUUUGAAUACGAUAUAUUUAUUGAUGGUGUACAAAUCUUCAAAAAUGCUGAGAACUGA